CCCCCGCUUCCGGCCGCCUCUGCCGCCGCGCGCCGCAGCAGCGCCGCCUUCCCUGCGCAGUCGGUGUCUCCGCGUCGCUGGGUGGGACUUGGCUCGGUGGCCAUGGGCAAGCAAAACAGCAAGCUGCGGCCGGAGAUGCUGCAGGACCUGCGGGAGAACACAGAGUUCUCCGAGUUGGAGCUGCAGGAGUGGUACAAGGGCUUCCUCAAGGACUGCCCCACGGGCAUCCUCAACGUGGACGAGUUCAAGAAGAUCUAUGCCAACUUCUUCCCCUACGGUGACGCCUCCAAGUUCGCCGAACAUGUCUUCCGCACCUUCGACACCAACAGCGACGGCACCAUCGACUUCCGGGAGUUCAUCAUUGCGCUGAGCGUGACCUCGCGGGGCCGCCUGGAGCAGAAGCUCAUGUGGGCCUUCAGCAUGUACGACUUGGAUGGCAACGGCUACAUCAGCCGCGAGGAGAUGCUGGAGAUCGUGCAGGCCAUUUACAAGAUGGUUUCGUCCGUGAUGAAGAUGCCGGAGGACGAGUCGACCCCGGAAAAGAGGACCGAGAAAAUCUUCCGCCAGAUGGACACAAACAACGACGGCAAGCUGUCCCUGGAGGAGUUCAUCCGCGGGGCCAAAAGCGACCCGUCCAUCGUGCGUCUGCUGCAGUGCGACCCCAGCAGCGCCUCCCAGUUCUGAGCAAGAGGAGCCAGGUUUCCCCUCCCUGCCUUCCCUGACCCUCUCCCGGCUCUCAGCUUCCUCGCCCUUGUGUCCAUCCAGGCUGGGGGGCAGAUGGCCACCCCCAGGGUCUGCACUCUUGGCGGGGGCUCUGGAGAAUGGAACCCUGCCGUCCCCCCAAGGUCCAAGCUAGCAAGUGGUUAGCACCCUCGCCCCCCCCCCCCCACCCCCACACCCCCCCC